AUGGAUUUCGGCUGCUUCCAGCCCCACGCAGGGAGCUGCGAUGACACGCCACUUGAUUUCCAUGUGCAGCAGGGUGGGCACUAUGAUCUCCAUUCCCUUGAUCGUUCGUUCAAUCCUGUCGGCGGAUCGAUCGGUCCGUUUGCAACAGCCUUCUAUCCUGACUACUACCCGCAAGGAGCGACGAUGAAGGCUGUCAUCGGCAGCGAUGCUUCGUCGGUCGUUCAUAGUUCUGGACCUCACCUGCCUCUGCUGACGCCGAAGCUCGAGGUUUCACAUCUCAUAGGAGGUGGCCUUGGACCAUACAAGGCCUAUGAGAUGAGCCGCAGGUUUUUCCCAAGGAAGAAGGCCUCCAGUAAGGCUCUCAAGAGGGCUAAUGUUGUCAAAGGGCAGUGGACGCUGGAAGAAGACAGGAAGUUGGUAAAGCUAGUGGAGCAGUUUGGAUUGAGGAAGUGGUCUCAGAUAGCGCAGAUGUUGCCUGGACGAGUUGGAAAGCAAUGCAGAGAAAGAUGGCACAACCAUUUGAGACCUAACAUCAAGAAAGAUAUUUGGAGUGAGGAGGAAGACAUGGUUCUAAUACAAACACACAAGGAGGUUGGCAACAAAUGGGCUGAGAUAGCUAAGCGCCUCCCUGGGAGAACUGAAAACUCCAUAAAAAAUCAUUGGAAUGCAACCAAGAGAAGGCAGUUUGCACGAAGGCGGACCCGCACAAGCGCCAAGAAUCCCAAAUCUGGGACCCUUCUGCAGAACUACAUCAAAAGCCUUGGAAUUGGCUCUAGCAAGGUCACUGCUGCUCCUCUAGCCCCAAAAGAACCUCCACUGUCACCAUCUUCACCAGCACCCCCAACAGAAAAUCUGGCACAGGUGAAUGACAGCUGGUCAGAAUCCAACCCAUCCAACAUAAUGAUCAGCCAAGGGCUAUUCAGCACAGAUGACAGACAGGCUGACUCUUGUGAAGAAAUUCUAGCCCCUGCCUGUGAUGAUUUUUCUAUUGACAUGUGUGAUGGUUUAUUUGACACAAAGGAGGAUGCCCAAUACCCAGUUUACAGCAUAGAUGAUGAUGUUGACAUGGACUAUAUCUUCAACCAUAUGGACUACACUAUUAAGAUUGACCAUGAGAUAGAUAUGGAGAUGGCUUGGUGUGAUGAUGCACUCAUAAACAUUGAAUCUGGAUCAUCACCAUUGGUGACACCGCUAGGUCCAACAGAAAUCAAGACUCUGCAUGUGAAGGAGGAGAUGGAUCUAGUUGAGCUGGUCACACAUACACGGAAUUGCAGCUAGUGGACAAGACAACCUUCUGAAUGUUUCUAUGUGAUAUGACGACCUUUUCGUUGCUAUUUAGUAUUUACAGGUGAUAUGACGACCUUUUGGGUGCUAUUUAGUAUUUACAGGUGAUAUGACGACCUUUCCGAUAUUACUACAGGACAUGCUAUUUAUAGAUAAUAUGAUGACCUUCUGAAUGUUUCCAUAGAUAAUACGACGACCUUUAAAUGUAUUAUGGGAAUCCAUACCGACACAAUAGAAGUCAGUAAAUAAGACCAUUUGUAUUUAUAUGGCUUCAAAAUGAAGUGUUUGGUUAUAUC